CGAAAACACAAAAAUAUAAACGUAAAGAAUUGUUUGAGUGACUUUUUGGUUGGGCUGUUAUUAUUUGUGAAGUCAGUGUAAGUUUGACGCGCGUGCUGAACGUAUCAUUAUUAAAACACAAGCGAGCAAAAACAGCUAAGAAAAAAAGACGAAAUUUUUAAGUUACAAAAAAGAAAGAAAACAAAACACGUUUAGCACGAUACGGUUUAAAAAUACGUAAAUUUUUUGAAAACAAACUACAUAAUUAAUAAAAUAAAACAAAUUUACAAUAUUAAAUAAAUUAUUAACUACAAAAAAAAAAUAUUAACAAAAAAAGCCGUCGGUAUUUGAAUUUAUUUACAAAAUUAAGCUACAUAACAAAAAAAAAACUUAUUUACAAACAGUCAACAGCAUAAAAAUCUCAGAGAGUGAGAUGAGUGUAAAUUUCGGAAAGAAAAAGUGCGUAAACAAAAUAAAAUGAGAGUGUAUCUUAUACAAUAGAAUAGAGUAAUAGCUCUCCUCCCCCCUACUUUUCUAUAUACCUACCAAACUACCUAACAACAAAGCGACUACAUACUAUAUAAAUAUACUCAAUUAUAUAUAUUGAUAAUUAUUAAUACAGCAACAACAUCAACUACAACAAAAUGUUAUGAUAAAAACAUCAAUCUUGUGAAAAAUUGAAAACAACAAAAAAAAGAAUAAACCUCUAAAGGCCUAAAAAAGACAAACCCAACAACUAUAAAACAUCAUUCACUCUCCAUCAUCAACACAACAUCAUAUCAAAAAAUCUCUCUAUAAAGGAUAUUUAUUAUUAUUAUUAUAAUUAUAAAACAACAAACAAGCAAAUAUGAAAACUAUGAAAAAUUAUUAAAUAUUAAAUUUGAAAAAAAAUAUUAAAUAUAAUGACAGUUAUUAAACAUUAUUUAAAAGCAAACAACACCAGCAUAACAAAAAAUUUAUAUUAUUUUGCUUAAACAAUUAAGUUUUAAAAUCAAAAGAAUUCAAUUCUUAAAUUUAUUGCUCCCCCCAAAAAAAAGAAUUAUGUUUUAAAAAUAAUUUAAGAAAAUAUUAAAAAACAAAAGAAUAACAGUCGCGUGUGUUUUUUUAAAAAGUUGUAUUUCCUCGCGCGCUUCUUUAAGCUUUCUUCUGCUACCUGCUUUUUGGAAUUUUUGUUUUGGUUUUCGUAUCUUCUCUAAUGAAAAAUAUUUUAUCAACUGUUUUGUGUGAAAUGAGAAGUGAUUUUAAGGAAACCCAUCAAGAAACCAUUAAUAAAAUGAUACAAUUUGGUACCGUCAAAUAUGGAAUUGUUAAACAAUUAAAAGAUCGUGCUAAAAGCACCGAAAAAGAUUCAGCCAGUGAUCAUGAGGAGAAUGGUACAUGUUCACCUUUGGCUGCCACAACCGCCAAUGAAGAUAGUGAUUGCGAUAGAGCAGAAUUAACUCAUAUGGCCACUAGUAAUGAACAUGUUAAUAAAAUUAAUACACAAACACCCGCCGAUAAACAACAACAGACUUCUGCGGCAGACUCAGAAGUAACAGGAGAAGAAGAUCUUAAUCACAAUAAUAACAUAGUAAUGCCGUUGGAAGAGCAACAACAGCAGCAGCAGCCACAGCAGGAGUUAAAGAUAGAAUCUCCCGCUCAAACGGAAGAAUUAAAUGCGGCUUUAACACCCUCCAAAACAUAUCCAAAAGAUCAAGAAUUUCCCUCACCUACACCACCUGAUCUCAAUGAGAGCCAGGAACCUUUAAGAAAAGCUCAAGAGGCCAGCGAAGAAGCUAACGAAACAGAAGCGUCCACACCCCAAGACGAAGAGAAAGAAAACAUGUGUUUAACUUCAGGUAAAUUGGAAAAUCAAAGCAAGGAUGAAGUCACCACAGAACAAGAAACUGAAAACAAAAAAGUGCUAGAAAUGGAAGAACCUACAACAACAGAUGUGGCUGAAAAGGCACUCAACAAAGAUGUGGAUAUGGAGGUGCCAGAGUCCAGUUCACCUUCCUUGCCCUCCUCUCUAGCCCAACAAUUUGGUGCUGCUCCAGUUAACAUUGAAGCUAUUAAGAAUAUGCAAUUAGCUAUUGCCCAAGUGGCGGCUAAAACCAUUGCAAAUGGUGCUUCUGGUCAAGACAAUGAAGCUGCCAUGAAACAAUUGGCCUUCCUACAACAGACUCUAUUUAAUCUUCAGCAACAGCAACUAUUCCAAAUUCAGCUCAUACAGCAACUGCAAUCUCAAUUGGCCAUGAAUCAACCAAAACCCGAUGAGGCCAAUGAAAUGGAAGAGGAGGAUGAAGAAGAGGUUGAGAAUGGUGAGGAAGAUACUUAUGAAGAAGAAGAGCGUAUAGCUCAAAUGGAAUUAAGACAGAAAGCUGAGGCCCGCAUGGCUGAAGAUAAAGCCAGACAGCAUUUAAUCAAUGCUGGUGUACCCCUCGAUUCACUCAAAAGAAAACGUGAUGCUGAUCAGGCAGAGGAUAUGGAUGUUUCCGCAGCACGGCGCAUAAGUGUUGAUAAAAGCUCGGAAUAUGCUUUGGAUAAACUUAAGGAUAUGGAAAAUAGGCCUUUGCCUUUUGGCUCCAACUUAGCCUCUUCCAUUAUAACUCACCACGACGAUAUGCCUGAACCCAACUCCUUGGACUUGUUGCAGAAGAGAGCUCAAGAGGUAUUGGAUUCAGCUUCUCAGGGUAUUUUAGCCAAUAACAUGGCUGAUGAGUUUGCGUUCAAAGAGAAGAAUGGUAAGGCCGGCAAUGAACCGUUCUUCAAGCACAGAUGUCGCUAUUGUGGCAAAGUCUUUGGUUCGGAUUCAGCCUUACAGAUUCAUAUUAGAUCUCAUACGGGCGAACGACCCUUCAAGUGCAAUGUGUGCGGCAGCAGAUUUACCACCAAAGGAAAUUUAAAAGUGCACUUUCAAAGACAUGCCCAUAAAUUUCCUCAUGUACCUAUGAAUGCCACACCCAUACCAGAACAUUUGGAUAAAUUCCAUCCUCCUCUAUUGGAUCAAAUGUCACCGGACAGUUCUCCCAGCCAUACACCUGCCGCUAUGCCCCAACAAAUGCCCACACAAAUGCCACCCAUGAACUUCCCUGGAUCUUCUAACAAUUUCCCCGGAUUGGCAAAUCUUUACAGACCUCCCAUGGAUAUAUUAAAGUCAUUAUCUGCUUCAUCAGGGUCAGCUGGAUUCAGCAAUCCAUUCUUCCCCCAAGUUCCUGGUAAUUUGGGUGAAGCAGCUGUGCAGGCUCAAGCAGCAGCCCAAGCAGUUUUGAGUAAAAAUCAAGAAAUUCCCACGGAUUUGAGUAAAACAUCGGAGCCCAGUUCUCCGGUCAACGCGCAAAUAAAGUCAGAGAUCUGCGAAGAAAAGGAGGAAGAGGUACCAGAACAAAUAGCCACCCAACCAGGAUCUCUAACACAGGCACCCAAACCAUCAUCACCCUCUCCCAUGACCAUCAAAAUCAAAGAAGAAAAAGAUGAUUGUGAAAUUGUUCAAACUGAUAUGGAAGAAAGAAUACACAUUCACGCUCCAGCACCAUCCACAGCCAGUCCCGCCAUCUCUACACACUCACCUUUAAUGAAUUCCCCACCCCAAGUACCUAAUAGCCCGCCUGUAGCCACCUCAAAACCACCCACCACACAACAAUUACCGCCGGUAGUACAACCCAUACAACCACCUGCCAUUUUACAUCCCCAACCUUCGCCGGGUUCUCACCAUCAUUUCGACCACUUGCCCACACCGGGACAGUUGCCACCCUCGAUGCAUCAUCGUGAUGACUUCUUCGCCGAACGUUUCCCCCUGAAAUUUACCAAAAUGUCACCUGAAAGACACUCGCCCAUAAGAUCGCCGGCACACAUACCACGUGCUCCCUUCUUUAAUCCCAUGAAACCUCAUGACAUGGCUUUAUUGCCACGUCCCCACAGCAAUGACAAUUCCUGGGAGAAUUUCAUAGAGAUUUCAAAUUCCUCGGAGACCAUGAAGUUAAAGGAACUUAUGAAGAAUAAGAAAAUCACCGAUCCCAAUCAAUGUGUGGUCUGCGAUCGCGUUCUAUCCUGCAAAAGUGCUUUGCAAAUGCACUACCGCACCCACACUGGCGAGAGACCGUUCAAGUGUCGCAUUUGCGGACGUGCCUUCACCACCAAAGGGAAUCUGAAGACACACAUGGCUGUCCACAAAAUAAGACCACCCAUGCGUAAUUUCCAUCAGUGUCCCGUGUGCCAUAAGAAAUACUCGAAUGCUUUGGUGCUGCAACAACACAUACGCCUGCAUACCGGAGAGCCCACAGACUUGACACCCGAACAAAUACAAGCAGCCGAAAUUCGUGAUCCCCCACCAUCUAUGAUGCCAGGAGCCUUCAUGAAUCCCUUUGCUGCUGCCGCAUUCCACUUCGGCAUGCCUGGCGGUCCUGGCAUGCAUCCUGGUAUGCACGGUAUGCAUAAUGGUAUGGGCUCAGAAUCAUCCCAGGGAGAUUUUGACGAUCAAAUGGAUUGUGGAGAUGACUACGACGAUGACAUGUCAUCCGAUCACAUGUCCAAUGACUUGGAGCCGGGCAGUGAAAGACCAAAGUCUACAGAUGAUUUCAAAGCUUUGUUGUUCGAACAAAAGCUGCGGAUAGAUCCCACUGGAGUGGUUAAUACAAAUCCCAGACCUCAGUCUGCCACCUCCAAUGCCAAUUCAAUAAAUUCACCACCUACCAGCCCAACAUCAGCUACAAAACCCUUAAGUUCUACACGCGCUAUUUCACCAGCCAGAUCAGUUUCGGAAAUGUCACAAGGAGCUUUAGACUUGACACCACGUGCAGGACCCUCGUCCGCCAAUAGUAGCAUUAUCGCCCGAUCUCCUUUGCCCAGCAAUGCCAGCAAACGCUCACCCUCUCCCAUUAGCAAAUCUCCAAAAUUACCACAAAUCAGCCCCUCAGCCGCCAUGCCACCCACUUCUGCUGUCGACUGUCUACCACCCAGUCUACACCACCACUUGCAACAGCAACAUCAACAACUAAUGCAACAACAGGCAGCUUUGGCGGCCGCUCAACAUCACCAGCAAAUGCAACACAAUGCCGUGGUGGCCAUGCAUCAAGAACAACUAAGACGCGAGGCAGUUGCUCAUGCGCAACUCUCACCAAAUUGCCCACAAUCGAUGGGCCAGCAGCCACCUACGGGACAAUCGUCAGCCACCGGCUCACCGCAAAUGCAACAUCACCAAUCGACGAAUCCACUAGUAGCAGCUGCCAGACCACCAUUUGGCAUGUUUCCAAAUCUCCCGCUGUUUCCACCGGCUUCCACGCAAAACAUGUGCACAGCCAUGAAUUCAAUAGCACAGUCUGUUAUGCCGGCGGCACCAUUUAAUCCUUUAGCUCUAUCGGGAGUCAGAGGCAGCACUACUUGCGGCAUUUGUUUCAAAACAUUCCCCUGCCAUUCGGCUUUGGAGAUUCAUUAUAGAAGUCAUACUAAAGAGAGACCAUUUAAAUGUAAUAUAUGUGAUCGUGGUUUUACAACAAAGGGUAACUUAAAACAACACAUGCUUACCCAUAAAAUUCGUGAUAUGGAACAGGAAACGUUCCGGAAUAGAGCAGUCAAGUAUAUGAGUGGUGGCAAAGAAGAUUGAAAUUAUUUUCACCACACAUUCUCUGCUCUAGAGUUCCAAAACAUAUCCUCUUCCCACCCCAACCACAAAUUACCAAAGCUGUAAAGGGUAAAAAACCAAACUUUUUUAAGUCAAAUCUGUAAAACAAGAUUUAACAAAUUUAUAUUUAAAAAAAUUCAAACAUAAAAAAACACAUAUUGUUUAAAUCAAGGAGAGUAAUGAUAAACCCUUCAAUUCAAAGCUCUCUCUCCCUCUUUUACACAAACAAUCAAACACACUUCUACUUAAAACACUCGCGUAUAAAUGAUCUCACUGAUACAUAGAAGAUAACGAUGAUAAAACAAAAAGAAUGGAAUAAAACAAAAACAACAACAAACACAAACACACACUUUUUCUGUCUCUUCUCUUUCGUUGUGUGUGAUGAUGAUGAUGACGACAACAACGACGAUGAUGAGGAGAUGAUGACUUUUGUUUUUGUGAAUUUUUAAUAUGAAUGUAACAAAAACAAUAUAAACAAACAAACACACUGGGUGUGUGUAGUGCAGGCGCGGA